AUGGCGGAUUUGAAGCCGAAAUUACAAGAUAACCCACGAGGUGCCUUAGAACAAUACAUAACCGCACUGCAAAGUGAAUCAAAAAUGUCACGAAGAAAUGCAUUGCAGAAAAUAAACGAAGAAAUUUUUGAUAACCCAGCAAACACCGACUGUGAUCUCACUCUAGUCUUCCCUGAUAUCUACGCAUAUAUUUUAAAGAGCUUUUUGGACGAGUCGGAAGCUUGUAGGGACAAAGCCAUAGCUAUUAUAUCAAAUUUUAUACAAAAGCUACCGCUUAACGACUACUACCUCACGUACAUAUUACCGGUUAUUGUUCGUCGCAUAGGAUGCCCCGAGAUCGUGGAGGAAUCAGAAGAGAUUCGUUUGCUACUAAUGGAAUUGGUCCAUACAAUAAUAGACAAAUAUAAAGGAACCCAUCUUUUAAGUUCAUUUAUCAAUGACUUUACUAGCAUCUUGACCAAAACAAGCACUGAUCCAUACCCUAAAGUGAAAUUAGAAGCUUGUGAAUGCAUCAUUCUCAUAACGAAGGUCUUGCAGAGGGAUUUUCACUUUCAGUCCGAGAGUUAUGUCAAACCUGUUCUUUCUAAUUAUGCUCACCAACAUUUCAGAGUCCGGGUGGCAUCUAUACGAGCCAUUGGUGCCAUAGUCUUAGCUGGAAAUGCCAAGUGUUUUGAGCUUGCCAUAACACCAAUGGCUGAAAAAUUAUUUGAUGAGAACACACAAGUCCGUCUGCAAGUCACUUUAGAGGUGGGAAACUGGAUGCUGAAUUAUAGGGACCGUUAUUCAUUCUGGCACCGUAUGAUACCGCUACUUUUGACUAGUUUGAGUGACGUCAUGGCAGACGUGCGAGAUACAGCUACGAAACUGUGGACGGACAUUGGGCUUCAAUAUAUGGAAGAAAAUGAAGAGGACUUGAAGAAGAAGACGGAUUUUCUGAAAGACGUCCCCACUCACUAUCCUGAUGUCAAGAGACCUAAUUUGGGAUGCAGAGUUCUUGUUCAGAGUAAUAUUGGCAAGAUAGUACCGGCUAUUGGAAGAGAGAUGGAAGGCUGGCGAGCUGAUGCCCGCCUUCGUGCUGCUCAACUGCUUUGCUGGUUGCUGCUAUGUGCUGAAGAGGGUUCAACACAGCAUGCCAAUACCACCGUAAGGACGCUGCACAGAGGUGCCUCUGAUGAUGACCAGAGGGUUGUGCUUGAGAUAAAACGCGCCUCGGAAUUGUUCGGCUAUUUCAUAACUCCCGACACCUGGUGGCCGUUCCUGGAAACAGAAGUGGACUCUUGGAGCGCCCUAUUUGUCAUCGCAAAUAUACUGAGAGGAUCACAACGAGAUUUGGUCAAAGUCAAGGUCAUGAAGGAGCUGUGCAAAGAAAUGGCUGAUCCAGAUCACUGUAGGGUCAGAAAGCCUAAAUACCAGAAAAACCUCUUGCAAGUGUGCGAAGCAUUGAUGGACCUCUGUAAAGAGGACUGCACCGAAGUCGCCGAGGAUUUGUUCAUCAUCAACUUCACGGUAUAUGCUAUGCCAGUUGAUGAUAAUAUUCAGUUCAUGGCGUUGUCAAAUUUAGACAAGUUGCGCUAUAUAGAGCAGUGUGGAAAGACCCUCUACUCGUUAUACGAAAAACACAUUCACCGAAUCCUCUCUGAUAUAACGAGCGAUGCUGUUACCUGGACCUUACUGACGCCCGAUCGAUGCUUGCUGGAGUGUGUGCUGCUGCACUCAGGUUAUGCUAUGGGUGGACAGUUGCAUCUUAUCGCCCCCCUCCUUCGCGAAUGUCUCGCUGAACCGAAAGUUGAUCCCGAAGUUAAGCUGAAGAUAUUCACAGCGCUAUCCACUGUUUUACUCCAAAGGGAGACUAAUUUUAGAAAAUGCGAUCCACACAAACUUGAAGCGUUUCUGCAAAUUGUCAUUCAAGAGGUCCUAUUGCCAAAUUUGGUGUGGUCCCCGGGUCGUACCGCUGAGGCGGUCCGUACAUCCGCCGUUGCGUGUCUUUGCGCAAUUCUACAGGACACAGAUACGUUAGAAAAAGGCGAUGGGGAUAAUAACAGUAAGCAAGUGGUAAAUCUGUUCCCUAAUAAGGAAUCUCUAGAGAAAUUCCUCGAAGAACUAGUGCCACUUAUUGCUGGCUUGGUGGACGACAAUUCGGCUUUGACGCGACAGCAUGCGUUACGUGCAGUUUGCUCCCUCGCUAUACAAGCCAAGGACAAGGAUUGCUUCACUGUAGAGAUUUUACAUAAAUUGUAUUUUGUUACCCUAAAGCGUUUAGAUGACAGUAACGACAAAGUCCGUUCGUUUGCCGUCCAAAGUCUUUGCACGUUGUUUAAGUGUCGACCCCAACCAUAUGACUGUGUCGUGUUUAAUGCCCAUAUUGACGCCCUCUACAGCGCCAUGUUGAUUCAUUUGGAUGAUACAAAUGAGGAUUUUAGGAAGGAAAUGCUAGAUGCCUUAUUAUCGUUAAGUGAUGUCGAUCCUCGUUUACUUAUGAAGAAGGUAAAGGCGAAUAUACAUCUAUACAGAAAUAAAGCAGCUUACGAAAAACUUACGACCCAAUUAGAAAAAAUUAUCUUGUAA